GUGCCCAGAGGCGGCUCAGGGCGUCCUUGCAGGGGUCCAGCGUUGGGGGGUCAUGGCCGGUCCUGCGCGGGGCGGUGGGGCCAAGGCCCUAGACCUGCUUCGAGCCCUGCCCCGUGUGAGCUUGGCCAAUUUAAGGCCGAAUCCAGGCUCCAGGAAACCGGUAAAUGGCUGGUGGGGGGAAGCACAGGGUGGUGGGAGAGAAGGAAGCGGCUCCUCGCAGAGAGGAACCAGGCCCCGACUGGGCUUUGAGGGAGGCCAGACUCCAUUUUACCUCCGAAUCCCAAAAUAUGGGUUUAAUGAAGGACAUAGCUUCAGGCGCCAGUAUCAACCUUUGAGUCUUAAUAGACUGCAGUAUCUUAUUGAUAUGGGUCGAGUUGAUCCUGCUCAACCUAUUGACUUAACCCAACUUGUCAAUGGGAGAGGUGUGACCAUCCAGCCAUUUAAAAGGGAUUAUGGUGUCCAGUUGGUCGAGGAGGGUGCUGACACCUUUACAGCAAAAGUUAAUAUUGAAGUGCAGUUGGCUUCAGAAUUAGCCAUUGCUGCAAUUGAGAAAAAUGGUGGUGUUGUCACUACUGCCUUCUAUGAUCCACGAAGUCUGGAAAUUCUGUGCAAACCUGUUCCAUUCUUCCUACGUGGACAACCCAUUCCAAAACGAAUGCUUCCCCCAGAAGUACUGGUACCAUAUUAUACUGAUGCAAAAAAUCGUGGUUACCUAGCAGAUCCUGCCAAAUUUCCUGAAGCAAGACUUGAACUUGCUAAGAAGUAUGGUUAUAUUUUGCCUGAUAUCACUAAAGAUGAACUCUUCAAAAUGCUUAGCACUCGAAAAGAUCCAAGGCAGAUUUUCUUUGGUCUUGCUCCUGGAUGGGUGGUUAAUAUGGCAGAUAAGAAAAUUCUAAAACCUACUGAUGAGAAGCUCCUCAAAUACUAUAGUUCAUGAAUUUCCUUCUGAGAGGGGGGAGUUAUAAGAGUACUGGAAAAGGUACUGAACUAUGUGACAUUUUCUUAAUCUGUAAUUCCUCAGAUGUUGAUGUUAAUUUUCUGUGUAAUAUCUUUUUUCAUUUUUAUCUAAUUAAAAUAAAAAUGCGGUAAGCAAGGACAACAUAAAGAAA